AUGAAUGGUCACGGUAGAACAACAGAAGACGGAGACGCCCCUGCUAUUCUACCUCGUAGAGUUGAUCAGGAUCAAGGCCACGAGAGUGUUCCUUCCAUGAGAAGCCUCAACAAUGGAAUCACACCACCUUUGGCAUCUCCCAAACAAACGCCAGCCAUGGGAAUAGCGGUUUUUCAGUCGCUUCCCAUACGUCCCCCUGAAUCAGACAUGAAACCACUUUCCAUUGCUGAAUCAUCAGUGGCAACAGGUAUUGCUAAUUCCGUUGAGAACCGGCAAAUGAGUAAUGAUGAUGGAGACGAAGCCAGUGUAGCCACUACUAUCACUGAACCACUAGCUGUUGAAGAUAGUGGCAUGAGAAAGAGUGACGCAACGACUCAAUCAGAUACUGAUGAAGGUGUCGAUACAAAUAAUGAUCACGCCAUGGAAUCAGAAGCGGUAUUCUGUGAAGAUACCAACGAUGCCGUGGGUGCAAAUGAUGAGCAUGAUGUUUCCAUGGAUGAUUCCACUGAAUCGACCGUGGAAUCGAACGCUGAAGAAAACUUUCCAGCAAACGGCGAAAAUACUCAAGAGCAGGACGAAACAAACAUUCUAGAAGAAUCUGAUAUGCUGGUUGAUCGACAUCAAACUGAAGAAGAUAAUGCCAAAGAUGAUGGUACCUUGGAUGCCACCGCGGUUGCUGAAGACGUUGAAGAACACAAGGAAGUACAGGAAGAUAUCAAUGAAGAAUCAGAUUUAUCUGGCAACCCAGACGAGGGCAUUCCAAGCGAGCAAGAAGACGAGAUUCCUAGAGGUCCCACCACCGGUGAUGCCGUUUUGGAUAUCGCCGAGGACGAAAUGGAUCUUCCACUAGGAAAAGUAAUCCAAGAAAAACAAAAAUCAGCUCAGCCUCUGAAAGAUGAUGCACAAGAGUUGCAAGGUGAAGGAUCAGUCGUGGUGGCUACUAUUGAAAGAAGCCAACCUGAGGACACCGAUAUCGAUAUCGUGAAACCACAUGAAACGGAGGCGGACAAAGAAGUGGAAACAAGCGCAACUCCGAAAGAAUUGCAAAAUGAGGAACCAGUUGAAAUUGUGGAAUCAACUCCUCUAGAUCCCCUUGGAGGGGUGCCUGGUGCGGAGCCAAGCGGAGCAGAAUUCAUCAUCGCUAGUGGUGAUGAAUCAUCACUCAAGGCAGAAAAGGAAGAUGAUGGAGUUAGUGGCGUGGCUCCACCUGCUUCGGACUCAAGUGACGUCAUAAACGACGGUCAAGAAACCUUAGAGCAUGAUCCCAACUCUUCGCAGUUGGACAAGAGCGAAACUGUGUCAAUGGAUCCAGAAGAAACUGUUGGUGACGAGGGAGUUAGUGCGGUACGAAACUUGAAGCCACACCAGGAAGCCCAAGGCAGCGAAGAGCUACCGGCAACCCUAAAACCAAAGUCCUCAGAUACAGCCCCACCUACUGAUUCCAGUAACAAAGUUUCGUCCUUGCCUUCCACCUCGGGCAAAAUACGAGUUCCUCGAAAGAAAGGAUUAGCCUUAGCUUCAGGAGGAAGCGAUGAAGGAGAUGAAGAGAACGGAUUCGAUGCCGGGACCAAUGCAGAAAUUGUCGAAAGAAAGAGACCCGCAAACGAUGGAAACUUAUAUACUCUGCGCAAGCCCGAUCGCCACCUAAAAAAUGGUGGGGCAGAAAAUGACGAACAUGCGCAAGCUGCUGCAAGCGAUGAUGCUGGUGACGAACAGAACCUUUUUCAAAUUCCCAGAGCUUUCAUUGUCCCGCCAAGCCAACAUGAAUUGGUGGAAACAAAUUAUUAUUCGGACGCCGAAGGUAGUGGACUGACUGAAGCUGAAACCGUCACGACUGCAGUUUUGGCAGAAGAGUACAAUGAAGACGAGCCGGAAGCAAACCGAUUAGAAAACGAACGGUUACGACGAGAAGUUAGGAGAAGGGAACGUGAAACUGCCGCUGUUGUUGUUGCUGUCCGAUCGAACCAAGAUGGUGACGACGGCCAGAAGGGCAAUGUUGAAGUAGGGUCCUCAACACGAAAGCUUAAAUGCUUGGCAUUAUUUCUGCUAUUGAUUGGAGGUUGUGUUGCAGCUUUCUUCCUGCUUCGACCUGAUGACUCGGAAUCCGCCGUAACAGCUGCACCAACAUCAGAUCUUCCUUGCGUUCUGUUUGUGUCGGAAAGCCCUUUACUUCCUCCCUUUUCCGAGUGCCAAGGAGAUUGCGAUUCAGAUUUGGAUUGCGAAGACGGACUGGAAUGCUUUCAAAGAGACGAGUUUGAGAGUGUGCCGGGAUGCUCGUGUGGCGAAAUUGAUCCGAGCCGCAGUGACUAUUGCGUGAAGAAAAAGGGCCCUCCACUCAGUAUAUCCGAUCAAGUCCCUCUGGGCAUUUGUCAGGGUGAUUGCGACGAGGAUAGUCAUUGCGGAUUGGGUCUGAUUUGCCACCAAAGAUCCGGUGGGGAACCAGUGCCGGGGUGCUCCGGAGGAGAGACCGAACAAUCCAAUACUGACUAUUGCGUCAAGGACACCAAGGAAGAACCAGAAGAACCUCAAUUUUUGGGUCUAUGCGAAGGUCAGUGUCAAGAUGACAGUUCUUGCGAACCUGGUCUCUUCUGUUACCAGCGAGACGAGAUGGGCCAAGUCCCAGGGUGUACGGACAUCGUCGAAAAUGCCAGUGCCGAUCGGUUCUGUGUCAGCGGGGUGUAUCAAGUCGCUGACACCGACGAAUUGCCGCUUCCUCUUUGCCGUGGAGAUUGUGAUGACGAUACGGACUGUGAAGAUGGUCUCUUUUGUUUCCAACGCAGUGGCGGGGAUGGCCAACAAGUGCCCGGGUGCAUCGGUGGAUUGGAAGAAAGUAGCAACAGCGACUUUUGUAUAAGAGAAAUCUAUCGCGAAUUCAUCCCCUUUUACCGCUGGGGCGACCGGCUGGUGGGAUUGCCCAAAGAAAAGUUUGGUACUUCGGUUAGCCUUUCUGGAGACGGUCAAAUCUUGGCAGUAGGCACCAUUGAUGACGAGUCUGUUGGUUACGUGGAUGUGUACAAGGCCACAGAGUCAGGCGCAGCUCCGUCCACGCCGCCGUCCGUCAUUUGGACGCAGCUGACACGUCUAAUGGGAGAGGCUGUCGGAGAGGCCUUUGGCUCCAAGGUGGCCCUCUCUGCGGAUGGCCAGACACUGGUAGUGGGAAACCUUGUGGACAUUCCAACGACUGCUCGUCGAGCAGCCCGCAUUCAAGUAUUUCAAGCCAGAACUACUAGCCUUGGCAGCAAUGACGCAGACUUUGGCAAUUGGACGAUUGUUGAGGCUUAUUCAUCGAACGGGAAUGUCAUUGACAUGAUUGGAGAUGAGUAUGACAUUGACGACUUUGAGUUUUCCGUCGCCAUUUCUGAUGACGGCAAGUAUGUUGCCUUGGGACAACCAAGCAAUGGCGGUGAGAAACUUGACUCAAUUCAACGGGGUCCAUUGGUUUACCGAAAAGAUCGCCAAGAUGACGGCGCCGAUGUGAUGACAUUUUUGGGUGCUCCGUAUGCAAGAUUGUAUGCAGGAUCCAGCGUUAAAAUUGCCACGAACGCAGAUGGGAAUCCUCGUGUGGCAACAGGGGGUGACAAUAGCGUUCGUGGCGAUGGCCAGGUGCGAGUCAAGGAGUUGAUGGCAGACUAUAAUAGUAACAGUAUCAACCAGGUGCAAGUGCAGCCCGGGGAUGAAACCGAGUCAUUAGGAUGGUUCGAAGUUGCUACCAACUCCAUUGGACAAAGCGAUAACACUGCGGUGGAUAUGUCGAGUGAUGGGAACAUUUUAGCGCUUGCAAUCACAAAUCGAACUUCACUCUUUUACGACAACGCCGACGGCACCGGGACCGAAAUAGUCAGUUGGAACGGUCCGGAACAUGUCAUCGUCUAUCGGUUUAAGGAGCAAGGAGUUGACGACUAUUGGGACCAAAUUGGGAAUUUAAUACCUGUUUCCACUAGCCAAGUGGAAGACAUGCCUACGGUCGCCCUAUCGGACGAUGGUCAAUUGCUCGUAGUCGGUGAACCCUGGUUCGAUUUCAAUACUGGAAGGGUUCGAGUUUUCAAGUAUGCCCAACGGAGUGACCGGUGGGUCCCAUUGCAAGCGCCACUGGUUGGACUAACAGUAGGAGAACGAUUUGGCUCCACGCUGUCCUUGGUCGGCAGUGCAAGCGGGGAAUCGGAGAGUUUUACCUUGGCCAUUGGAGGUCCCAGUGAGGUUGGCCGUGGUUUGGUGGAGUGCUACCAAAUAUUGAACUCGUUGUUGUUGUCGGAAUCAUCCUCCGUCGCCUCGAAGAAUCUGGAACCAAAAUCGACGUCUCGAAUCCAAGGAAUCGCAUGGGAUCUUGUCUGGUCGCCAUGA